AUUUAACGUAUCAGCUAACCACAUCAUAUUAUAGCAAUCUGUCAGUCGAUGACGUAACACUCGACCAUCGGUUAAUGCGUGCAACGUUUGAGCAGUGGACGCGACCUUGUGUCAGUAGCUAGCAGGUGCACGGAACUCAAAAUGGACUGAGAUAUGCGGAGCAAAUGUAACACAACAAAGCAAGUUCCAGCAUUGCUAUACGAAGCCCCGCAACGGCGAGGAUGUUCCCCCGCCUGGCACAGAGACCAUGGCAAGUUCUCUGCAGGGUCUACCUGCAGCACAGAGCCCCACAUUCACAACGAACACCCAUGGUUGCCCGACCAUGCCACGAUUUCCCUACAGGGUGGCACAAUGUAGGGAUGCACCAUCUGUGGUUCAGCCAUGACUUCCAUGUAGCCUCUCUAGCAACGGGCCAGGUCCAGUACUAUUGUACCUCAGGCAGCAAUAAGGAUGGCCCCUCUCCUCCUACUACAAAAGUACCAGACAGCCCACCUACUGCGGAAAAGGUGCAAGCUGGAGCAGCACAAGCCUCUUCAGACUCCCCAGCAGCUGGAAGUACUUCUGGGUCAACACCACCACAUGGUCUGACAAAAAUGGAGACAAUUCAAGUGAAAGUGCGGGCUGUCCUUAAGAAGAGGGACUAUGGAUCCAAGUACACCCAGAACAACUUUAUCACUGCAGUGAGAGCUAUGAAUGAGUUCUGUCUCAAGCCAAGUGACCUGGUGCAGCUAAGAAAGAUCCGUCGACGCAGCCCCCACGACGACACCGAGGCUUUCACUGUAUUCCUGCGAUCAGACGUGGAAGUCAAAGCUCUAGAUGUGUGGGGUAGUCCUGAAGCCCUUGACAGAGAGCGGAAACUCAGGAAAGUGGAGGAGAGAGAGUACGAAGAGAAUAUUUUCCGGAAUCAGCAGUUGCUAAAGGAGUACAAAGAUUUCUGGGGAAACACUAAGCCCCGAUCAGGCAGCAAGAGGGCGACAUUUUCACAAGGGCCGGGGAAGGUGGUGAUGGUGGCCAUAUGCAUUAAUGGACUGAAUUUCUUCUUCAAGCUCCUGGCUUGGGUGUACACUGGAUCAGCCAGCAUGUUCUCAGAGGCCAUUCACUCUCUGGCUGACACCUGCAACCAGGCUCUUCUUGCAAUCGGCAUCAGCCAGUCUGUCCGGAACCCUGACGCUGUCCACCCGUACGGUUUCUCCAACAUGCGCUACAUCGCCUCGCUCAUCAGCGGCGUGGGUAUCUUCAUGAUGGGGGCGGGUCUCUCCUGGUACCAUGGCAUCAUGGGACUGCUGCACCCACAGCCAAUCGAGUCUCUGCUUUGGGCUUACUGUAUCUUGGCAGGAUCUCUGGUUUCAGAAGGAGCAACACUGCUAGUGGCCAUCAAUGAGAUCAAAAAGAGUGCUGGCCAGCAAGGAGUGUCCUUCUACGAAUAUGUGAUGCAGAGCCGAGACCCCAGUACUAACGUGGUGCUGCUGGAAGACUCUGCUGCCGUGCUGGGAGUGAUCAUUGCCUCAAGCUGCAUGGGGCUCACCUCACUCACAGGUAACCCGCUGUACGACAGCCUGGGCUCUUUGGGUAUAGGAACCCUCCUGGGCGCCGUGUCCGCCUUCCUCAUCUACACCAAUACUGAGGCCCUGCUGGGACGCUCCAUCCAGGCCGAGCACGUCCAGAAGCUCACUGAGUUCCUGGAGAACGACCCUGCCGUCAGGGCGAUCCACGAUGUGAAGGCCACAGACCUGGGGCUGAGUAAAGUGCGCUUCAAGGCGGAGGUGGACUUUGACGGGCGGGUGGUGACCCGGUCCUACCUGGAGAAGCAGGACAUCGAGCAGAUCCUCCACGACAUCCAGCAGGUGAAGACCACUGAUGAGCUGGAGAACUUCAUGCUGAAGCACGGCGAGAACAUCAUUGACACCCUUGGGGCCGAGGUGGACCGCCUGGAGAAAGAGCUCAAGCAACGCAACCCAGAGGUACGGCACGUCGACCUGGAGAUUCUAUAACACUACGGAUCUACGCAGGGAAAGUCGUGCGACUGCAAGAAGGAACUCGAGAAAGGGGUUGGAGGAGAGCCAAGCCGACCUCUGCACUCUGCCUCCCACUGUCUCCCAUCCUCUCCAACCAACUCAUCAGAACAAGUCUUACUGUAGAAUAGUCCUUUUUGGUAUUUUAUUAGGAUCCCUAUUAGCUGUUGCGAAUACAGAACAUUAAUAGACAAGAACAGCUCAAGGACAGAACUGCAUAACCGACAGACACGUGCUGGGACAGUGAUUUAAUUUCCAUGUUGAUUUAACCAUGCCGUUACCAAUGUUACAAGUGGUUUGACCAGAAACAGAUUAGAGACCGAGGUACACCUGGUGUGACCGUGAUAGACUGGGCUCAAAGCACGGAAGUUCUGAAAUUGGACACUUAUACAGUGGCUGUACAGUUAACUUUUGAAUAUAGUUCUCAUGUGUUGACUUUUGUUCAUGUUUCCACAAGAAGGGGAAAAAAACAAGUAAGUUGAAAAAUAAUGUCUUUGGACUAUUCAAACUGACCAGUAUCAAUAAGCAGUUAUAUACUGAACAAAAAUAUAAACGCAGCAUGCAACAAUUUCAACGGUUUUACUGAGUUACAGUUCAUACAAGGA